AGGACGAACGCUCGAUGCUAAGCAACGCCGCAGCGUCUUGGCAAACAAAUAUUCAUUCGCCAAAGACUUUAAUGGCCGUCGAGAUGUUCUGAUUAAAUUUUCGUUAAAAUUUCCUUCCCCUUUGUUUCUUGUUGCUUCGCAAAAAUCCUAAGGACCAAAGUGCGGAAAAAAGCGUUCUUACAGUGCAACGAAGGAAUUUCCUGCUAUGAACGUUCCUUCGAGUCACUGGCGCCUCUCAUUUGGAUCUGUUAGAAGAACCUGGCGAGAGCUUUAAGAUGGUUCGUCCUUCGAAUCCACGUUUCAUGUCCCGUGUCCUUGAGGCAGUGACGCAUCUCUCCGAGGGCAAAGGAUCCUCAGCGCGAGAUGUCCUCUCCUUCGUGAGACAGAAUUCGCCGAAACCCGCGAGGAAUCUGACGAUGCAGGUCCAUCGCGCCUUGAAGCACGCAGUGAACGCCGGUCUGCUGCGCCUGAAAAGUGGCCGCUACAAGGCGCUUGUCGCUGUCAAUCCCAUCAGGGCGAACCUGCACCGCGCGGAAGAUCCCAGCAACGGGGGACUCAAGGCCAGCGCCGCCGACACGGAAGAGCUGCCCUUCGGUGGUGAUCCCUCCCAUCGAAUUCAGGAGCGCAGAGGUCGCAGACGACGAAGGAGUCGUGGCCGUCGGCGCAGAAGCGCAAGACGCAGGCGACGUCGAAGUCGUCACCGUCGCAGGGAAACUCCGGAACGGACGACUCGGAAGAUGCGACAGGCCCGGCGCAAGGGCGUCGAGGAGGAAGUCGAGGAAUGGGCUGUUCCUCGUCGCAAGAGCCACGCGGAAGACCUCGAGGGACAGCGACCCGGGAAGAAGGGAAGAGGAGGAGCAGCUGGAUCCAGUGCCGAAGGUACGACGUACUCGGAUGAUUCCGUGGGGGGUCCCGAGUACGAUGACAGCCGGAAGACCAGAAAGUCCAAUCGAGGGAGCCAUUCCUCGAGUAGGAAGAGGAGAAGGAGGACGACGAGGACGACGAGGUCGAGCGACAGAAAGAGCGAAGGGAAGACGGAAAGGCGAUCAUCUUCGAGGCACAGGAGUCAGCAGCAGCUGCCAAUGGAGUCUCCUCCACUGCAGUCAUCCGAGAAUGGAAUGGAAAGCGACGAGGUUCCUGUCAAUUCUGCCAAUGAGGAGGAACGUAGAAAGAAGAAUUCGCAGGAGGAGGAAAUCGAUCGUAACGAAGAACCAGAGAACUGCGCAAGCGGCAGCGAUCUCUGAUGAUCAUUCGCGCCAUAUCAGUCCGACGCUGGAACGAGUCUCGUCCUCGCUCAUUCGGAUCCUCGAUUCUCUACAUAAAUGUAUAUUCGCGACGCCAUACGUCGCCCGUCACCCGUCACCCGUCGCCCGUCGCCCGUCGCCCGUCGCCCGUCGGCAAUUGCCCCGUGUUCAUUAUUAGGUAGUUCGAUGAGACUCUACUUAAAUAAAAAAGACUCCCGUCGAGGACAAAGUUUUUGCUGUCUCCCUAACCGACCAGAGACUUGUCCCUCUCUCUCUCUCUCUCUUGUCUCCCUCCCUUAUUUUUCGGCCCCCCCCCCUCUCAGUCUCCUCUGCUAAGAGACUCCAAUUGAAAAGCAUUUUCCUGUUAUCGGUUUAGCCAAUGGCGUUAUUCUCUUGCCAAACUUUCUCUCUCGCAGGGUGGCAGCUGUUACUAUCGCCAGACGAGUAAUCCCUUCAUCCUGCACAUUUUUGGAGUUCCUGUUGCUCAAAAGGCACCACGAGCAACGUUAUCCCGAUCGUUCGUUGAAUCCAUCCCCACGAGAUAACUCUUCCUUCCCCCUCGGCACAGAGCAGCAGCUUCCAGGAAAGAAAAGGCUGGCGAGGAAGAACGACGGAGUGACCUGCUUCGAGAUCCCACUCGCACUCGGGAGCCUCGGAGUAGGACACGUUCAGCCGUUCAGCCGUUCGGCCGUUCAGCCGUUUUGCUCAAAUCUAAUUCCUUGCUGAGUUUUCGCCUCGUGUGCAAAUCGUGCCAAGAGCAGCUCCUCGUUCUUUCUUUGGCUCGACAAUUUCUCUCGACUCGUCUCUGCUGCAUUCCGACGCUCGGCUGAUAACACGUGUCAGUGCAUCGUCGGAGGUGCAGCAGGCGCCCACCCACCCACGAUAGUAGCACACGUCGAGCACAAUUCGGCACAAUAUUUGUUUCUGAAUGUCAAAAAAAUGACGGGGCUACAUUUUAGCCUAAACACAAUUUAUAUCCAUAUAAUAAGAAAUAAAUUGAAUAACAA